CAAUCAUAUCCCUUUGUUUACGCAAAGGAUGUGCCACCAACUAGCAGCUCCAUUCACACAUGUGAUAGCGAACUAUAUGCAAUUGGGUUGACAUCCUAGGACUUGGGUCUCCGGUCAUGGAUCCACCCUUGGCUUAUUCACUGAAGACUCUUGUCUCAUAUAUACUCGGCCUCCGAGUUGAUUUAUAGCUUCUAUCCCCCUUCGAUGCCUUUCCCCUCGUUAUUAUAUGAUACUACUUAACCCUUUCCCUUGCCAGGGCGUAGCUCAAGUGUGAUGCCGCCCUAUUGUCUUCAGGACUGUCAUUACUUUUACCGCACGGCCUUGCGCGGCCUGAAUAUCAAUACCUGUGUCUCGCCUUUAUAUACCUAAUCUACUAGAAGUCGGCUGACAUUAUGCCUACUCAAGUUCGUAUUUUUGCUAUGCCAAAGUCUCUUGGCGAGACUCUCAGUGGCAGCUCAUCAACACCUACGCUUCCUUCUACCCAAGAACGCAAAAACGAGAGGCCGGCAAGUCCUGAACUCAGGGGCCGAAUUCCAAUAAUGGAGACGAUACCAGAGAAGCCUAAGGAAGGCGGAAUCACGUUUGCUCACCAAGACAGUUUACCUAAGCUACCCAUACCGGACCUAGAACAAACGUGCAAGAAGUACCUAGCCGCUCUGAAGCCGCUGCAAGGACCCAGAGAGCAUUCUGAAACGAAGCUCGCCGUCCAAGAGUUCUUGAAGAAAGAUGGACCUGACCUUCAGAGGAAAUUACAAGAGUAUGCUAUUGGAAAAACAAGUUAUAUAGAACAAUUCUGGUAUGAUUCGUACCUAAAUUUCGAUAAUCCUGUCGUCCUAAACCUGAAUCCUUUUUUCUUGUUAGAAGAUGACCCCACGCCGGCGAGGAAUAACCAGGUCACUCGCGCGGCAUCCCUCGUCUCAUCGGCGUUAGAGUUCGUGCGAGCAGUACGCCGAGAGGAAUUGCCACCGGACACAGUCAAAGGAAUACCGCUAGAUAUGUAUCAAUAUUCACGGCUCUUCGGCACUGCUCGUGUACCGACUGAAAAUGGUUGCCAAAUCGAACAAGACCCUGAAUCUACGCACAUUGUUGUAUUAUGCCACGGUCAAUUCUACUGGUUUGACGUACUUGAUGACAGCUCGGAUCUUAUUAUGAGCGAAAGAGAUCUUUCGAUCAACCUCCAAACAAUAAUAGACGAUGCAGCUCAAACGCCUAUCCAGGAAGCCGCCAAAGGGGCUCUUGGAAUUCUAAGUACAGAAAAUCGAAAGACCUGGUCUGGGUUAAGGGAUGUUCUCACUAAGGAAGAGGGGUCCAAUAACGCAGACUGUCUCGGUAUUGUCGACUCGGCUUUAUUCGUGUUAUGUCUCGACUACACGGAGCCCUCUACAGCAGCUGCACUGUGCCAGAAUAUGCUCUGCGGUACGAACGACGUAGUGAAGGGAGUACAAAUUGGCACUUGCAUAAAUAGAUGGUACGAUAAACUUCAGAUCAUCGUGUGCAAAAACGGAAGUGCGGGUAUCAAUUUUGAGCACACUGGCGUUGAUGGUCACACCGUACUUCGAUUCGCCAGUGACCUUUACACAGACACCAUAUUACGGUUCGCAAGGACUAUCAAUGGCCAAGCCCCCAGUCUCUGGAAAACGGCAAGUCCGGACCCGUCGAAGCGUGAUCCGGAGAGUUUUGGGGACGUUACCACGACUCCUCAUAAAUUAGAAUGGGACAUAUCGCCAGAGCUUAAUAUUGCUAUACGGUUUGCCGAAACUCGACUUGCAGAUCUCAUCAGCCAGAACGAGUUUGAAUGCCUGGACUUCAGCGCUUACGGUAAGAACUUUAUCACCUCCGCAGGAUUUUCUCCAGAUGCUUUCGUCCAGAUGGCCUUCCAAGCAGCCUACUAUGGGCUAUACGGGCGAGUGGAAUGUACCUACGAACCAGCCAUGACCAAGGCUUAUCUUCACGGUAGGACCGAGGCUGUUAGGACGGUAUCAGAUGAGGCGGUAAAUUUUGUCCAGGCGUUCUGGGCGGAUAACCCCGCGGAGGCGAAAGUAGAAGCGCUACGUAAAGCAUGCCAGCAGCAUGUUAACGCUACUAAGGAAUGUUCAAAAGGACGGGGUUGCGAUCGGCAUCUAUACGCCUUAUUCUGUGUGUGGCAAAGGUUUCUGGACGGGGAAAGUCGUUCGGAGAGUAGCUUGGGGUACUCGAGCCCAAUGGAAACUGGCUCGGAGCAAGGCACCGAGUCCGUGGUUGGCAGUCCUGGCAAGGAAUCUGUACUAUCGCACAACGAAGAUUCGCGAAUGCGGCAGCGCGGCGAUAGCAUAAACUCGCGUUUCGCAGACCAACAAGUGCCAGCUAUCUUCGCGGACCAGGGAUGGGACAAGCUAAACAACACGAUCUUAUCAACCUCCAACUGCGGGAACCCGUCGCUACGACAAUUCGGGUUCGGGCCGACAUCGGGCGGCGGCUUCGGCAUCGGAUACAUCAUCAAAGAAGAGGGCAUCAAUAUCUGCGUGGCGAGUAAACACCGCCAGACGAAGCGGUUCGUGGACACGCUUGAAAGCUAUCUGCUGGAGAUUAGGCGAAUACUGCGUAUCACGAAUAGACGCGGCACGACCUCACGGCAGACGCGCGCUAGGGAAAUCGACCCGGAUAAGCCGCGUGCGGGACACCAUCGUCCGAACAAAACCCGUGGCCGUAUGAUUACAGGGGCGGAUAACUUGCGCGCGCUGGCGGCGAGGUCGUCGACCGGGACAAGGAGUCCGACGGAAGAGAGUUUGAUGAUGAGCGAGGAUGAUGAGUUGGGCGGCUACGGCUUCUUCGACGCAGGCAUGCUUUUACAAGCGCUCAAAGCACGCGGCGAGGCGCUCGACCAGCAGAACGAGCCCAAGGCCUCGGAUCGGGCGGCAGCGAACGCGCGCAGGAGGGAAAUUGGGAAGAAAUUGCGGCUUGUUGAGUAUUGACUAGUACGGUAACCCUCUAGGAGCUUAGAGGGGAUGUAUGUAUGUAGGUGGUGUGGCGUGUUGUAUAUAGGUGCCUACAUACAAUACUCAGUGGGUGGGUGGGUGUUUGUUAGGAAUAUAUGGGAGCAUAGGAGAGUAUGAGAAGAAAGGGGAAUUCUGUAUUCUGUUGCUUUGAUUCUGGUUAUAUCUAGCGUGGUUGGCUGCAUGGGCUUUCAUAUAGUGUACAAGUUACCCGUUGAAUACUAUUUAUUUACUUCUUGUUUGUA